UUUCCUUUUCUUCUUUUCCUUUUGUUCUCUCACAAAAAGAAAGUUUCUACGAACGAAAACGUUGACUCCUUGCUUAUCCUCAUCCCAUUAACUACUUGCAAGUAUAGCAACCUACCUCCCCUUCUUCCACCAACUUUCCCUUUAAACAUUUUCCAUCAUAAAUUCUCCAUCUCACACACAAUCCACUCCUUAAUUUCCCUUCCAUAAUUCCCCACACACCCCGUUAAUUAACCCACCAACCUUCCAUUUCCCGAGAAAAUUCCCGGAGAAAACUUCAUUCUGUGGUUUCUCCAUUUACCUUCUCGGAAAGUCGAGACCGAAUUUUCCUGGAAAAUGGAAGGUCGCCGGAGGAUAACGCUUUACGACCAAAUGACGGCUAGCAACGGCAAUACCAACAGCGGCAGCAGCAGCCGAGAUUCACUAGCGAGCCUCAUGCUCGACGACGUCGUAUUCAAGAAGGCCGCAGCCGACGCCGAAGCGAGCCGUGACCUGAGCCGAAGCCGGACUCUCCAAGACAUCAUUCGCGAAGAGAAACCUAACGGAGACGCGAAGGAUCGCAACUCUUGGAAAGCCUUCAAGGAGAAGCUUCGGCUGAAGCGCGCUAUCGGCUUGGCUUGGUCCUCCGCCACUACUCACAGUAAUAACAGCAAUAAUAACGACAAUGAAGACGGACAUUUACCUCAAACUCGCCUACUCUCGGACGACGCGGCGACUCAGCAGAACGACGUCGUCGUGGAGGACGCAAACGAUUCAGAUCCGAUCGCGCGGUUCGGAUCUCCGACGGACAACACGGCGGCCGGCGGCGAUUCCUCCGACGGGGAGAACAACCAGGAGGCGGCGGUUGGCGUGUCGCUGAUGGAUUUGUUGGAGGAAGCGGAGCAGGAAAUGGAUUUGUACAGAGUGAGCGAUGAUGAAGUGGUGGCAGAGUUUGAGAAGAGAGAAGAAGAUGAAGCGGAAGAUGAAGAAAAAGAGGGUUUGGUGGAGUAUAACUGCUGCGUCUGCAUGGUGCGCCAUAAAGGCGCGGCGUUUAUCCCGUGCGGACACACCUUCUGCAGAAUGUGUUGCAGGGAGAUUUGGGCCAGCAGAGGAAACUGCCCUCUCUGCAAUAAUUUAAUUUUGGAAAUUCUUGAUAUUUUCUGACCCUGCCAACAAUUUUAUUUUUCAUUAUUCAAACAGAUUAUUAUUAUUAUUAUUAUUAUUAUUAUUAUUACAUGGUUACAAAUUAUGUGAUUCGAAGAAUUUUAAUUUUCAUCUGUAUGAAAAAAUUAGUAACUUAUCAUACAUUGUUUGGAAUCACAUACAUUCACAAACAAUGUAAUAA